GCGAUCGAUCCGCUUCAACCACUUGCUUUCGUAAUUCGCUUCGUUCUUUCCUUGGCCGCUCUAGUGCUCUUUCGUCUUAUCAGUCGCUUGACAGUCUUGCUUGUCAGUAUCACUAUUGCCUCGUCUCUUUGUAUUCCAUUUAGUUUCUCUAAUCAUCAUCCUCAGGCAUCAGCUCUUUGUUUUUCCGUACCCUGCCGGGGAGUUUAAGGAAGCGCUGCUUAUCGCAAUGAAUUAAGACUCUUAAUCCGAAUAGAUUUGAUCUAGCCAUCGACUGGCUCCAUACUGUACCUGCGAUACUCACGAUGGCAACUCUGGCAGCCUCGCUGCCAUCAUCACCGUCCUGGCCCAAACGACGUCCCCGGGCGUGGGCCCUCCGAUGUGAACGCUACUGCUGCGCGGCGGCGUCUUUCUUCCCACUCGCAUUCGUCUAUGGUUUGACAACAUGGGCAGUUUAUGUUGAAGCCAGUAUUGGUUUAAGGCCAUCACGAAACUCUUGGAUUGGCUUAUCCACUUCAAUACUCGGCGUCGUCCUCUAUAUCUGCCUGAAUGCUUCGUACAGCGUUGCAGUAUUUACUGAUCCUGGGUCACCGCUAUCAACUAACGGUCGGCAUGAAUAUAGCGCCCUGCCUGUUACGGAACUCCCAGAGUACACUUCAUAUACCGUGAAUUCCAUGGGGGGUUCCCGGUUCUGCAAAAAAUGCCAAAUUCCCAAGCCAGAUCGGGCGCAUCACUGCUCCACGUGUAAGCGAUGUGUAUUGAAGAUGGAUCACCAUUGUCCGUGGCUGGCGACGUGUGUUGGACUUCAUAACUACAAGGCUUUUCUCUUGUUUCUCAUUUACACGUCGAUAUUCUGCUGGGUUGAUUUCGCAGUGGCUUCGAGUUGGAUAUGGACUGAAGUGCUUAAUGAUACUCGAUAUAUGGACACCAUAUUACCCGUGAACGUGGUGUUGUUGGCCAUACUCGGAGGAAUUAUCGGCUUGGUGCUGUCGGGAUUUACCAUCUGGCACGUUAGUCUCGCAGUGCGUAACUUGACCACGAUCGAAUCUCUAGAGAAGACGCGCUAUGUUUCUCCGCUGCGGAAAGCGCUGGAUCGUCGCCGCUACCAAAACAUAUUAGGAAAUAGGAAUGGUCAUGAAAAUGAAGACCCAGAAAGUCUCGGUCAUCGACUUCAGGACUACGGCAACCAAAUCAUAGAUGCUCAUGCGAAUGCAAUUCCAGGUGUCACUCGACCGGAAGAAGGGGAAGAGUCCACACCACAUACUCAACCUGGUUCAGAAGGGCCCCAUCGUACUCCCGCCCAACAAGCUCUGUCGCGAUCGUAUGCGGAUUUAGAAAGGCAACGCGAACACGAUCGCUACCAAAGUUAUCUUGACGAGGAAGAUAACGAGAAAAUGCCGAAUGCUUUUGACCUUGGCUGGCGUCGGAAUCUAAAGCAUCUAUUUGGUGACCGGCCGCUCCUCUGGGCAAUUCCUGUGCACACUACGUCUGGUGACGGAUGGCAUUGGGAGCCCAGCCCUAAAUUCCUCGAAGCGCGGGAGAAGGUGCGACUGAGAAAGGAGCUGGAGGCAAGUGAAGAACAGCAGUACUAUCGGGAUCUCUACCAGCGCAAUAUGAACAACAGCCGGAACUGGCUUGGGACAGACGCAACCCCGUCGAUAUGGGUGCCUAACCAACCGUCCGACGUCUACCAUGAAACGGAUCGCCCUGCGACGGGUGUCUCGAUGAAAACUCUGGCACCGAUGUCCCCGCGUCCAAGACCAGGCGAUAGUGAUUUCGAAGACGUUGAGGAGACUCACGAUUUACUACAAGGCCGUCACAAUCACUUAAGCCCAUCUCAAAAUGUUGGGAGGUCAACCAAACGACAUCAAGAAUCGGACGAAUGGCGGGAUUGGGAUUAGGUCUGACCAUUGUGUGUAUUUAGCGUCUUUGUUUUGCUGUUUUCAUUGUUUGUGCAUAACACGAGGAUAUAUGUAGCUUUAUUGUGUUCAUAUUGCAAGAGAGGAUGUCCUCGCGGCGCAACGGUUACAUACUAGGCUGGAAGCAAGGAGUUAUGUCAAUACCUGUGAGUGAUAAUGGAAGUUUUCUGUUUAUAUUCUGGCAAAGU